AUAUAUAUAUAUAAUUAAAUAUUUAUGCAUUUAUACAAAAUAAAUUUAGAUAUAGUUUAAAGGCAUUGCAACAAAUAUCAUGAUGAAAAAUAAUUGAUUUGGCAUGAAAAUAUCACAAUGCAAAUAGCUAUGUAAAACUCAAUUACAUAACUAUAUUUAAGUUUAAACGUAUUUUUGAGGUAAAUUUUUAUUUGAGUAAAAUAAGUUACCAAGAAAAAGCAUAAUGCAUGGCCUCUGUAUGUUUUCAUUAUUUUUGCAGUUGUUUCUGGUGACACACUGCAGCUUUAAGACAGACACACAAUUUGAACAAAUACUCGCAUUCAGAGAGCUACAUUUCCACACAAACACUGUACGUGUUGACAGGCUUUUGUAUCUAUCCAGUGAGAUCUUAACACACACACACACACACACACACACACAGGUGCAGGGUGAGCGUUGUAGGGAUUUGCUUACAGACAUUCUCAUCAUUGCCAGAGUUAAGCUAUCAUGUAUUUGAAUGCAGGGACUGUUCCUUAAGGCCUUCUUACACGCACACACACACACACACACACACACACACACACACUGCUCAACUUGAAUGACUGAUUUCAAUUUGAUGUUACGCUGGCACACGCAGACACUGUUUGAUGCUUCGAUAGCAGAUUUAUUGAUUUCAUUAGAGCACAAGAUCAUUUGGAGCUGGUAGAUGCGUUAAACUCGCCAAAAAAAAAAAACACAUCUAAGUUUCAUUUCACUCCAGAAUUAAAAUCGUGAUUGAUGACUGAGCACAUUUACUCACACAUUCUCAUUAUUGUAAUGUUGAAAGUUUUUAAUUUCUCAUUACUGUAACAGUAAUAUUUACUAUAUUACCGCAAUGCAAUUAGCUUUUGAUUUAAAUAAACUAGUAUCAUGACAGAUAAACACUUUACAUUUUAAAUAACAUAAUUUUUCUGCAUGAAAGUAAUGAGAAUUUGGAGAAAAAAAUGUUUAAAGUUUGGAAGGUCCUAAAAAUGAGCUAUUUUCAUUGCUACUUUGGGAUUCCGGAGUGAAAUUGCUUCCCUGUGUUUUGGGAGGUUCACGCAGGUGGUGUUUUGGCUUUUCUGUCGCUCCGUUCCUUAUCCAGCGCUGCGUUCCUGUGGAUUUGUGUAUCUUAAACGCAUCUGCUCUCUCAUUCAGACCUUCCACUGUUCCCUUCUUGAUCUGUUUGUCAGGUUUGCUGUUACAUUUAUAUGAUUCGUACGUUGUUUUUUUGCUAAGGCAUAUACAAGUUAUCUUCAAAGACUCUCAAGUGAUCGGACGGACGGACGUCUGUAAUGUGUGUAUGUGUGCACUUUACUGUUUUGGUCUGUGUUUGUGAGUUUGUGUGCAGCUGUACAUUGUUAAUUGUGCACUAUACACUGCUGGUUGUGUUUUACAAAAGUUGGCAUUAGCGGGUUUCUGCGAUUGGCGUUUCUCUUGUGUUUUUUAAGCGUACUCAUGUAGCCUUUUGUAUCGGCUGAAUUGCAAUAAUGAUUCUACAAGCAUUUUUAAGACACGAACGUGUGACGGCGUUUCUGCCAAACUUAUCCGCCUGUCCAGAGUUUACAAACAGCUGAAAGACGUAUGUGUUUUUAUGUGUCUGUACUGUUGUUUUUGUUUUAAAUUAAGACUUUAACACUCCUUUCAGUGUUUCGUUUUUUUUGAGAUUUUACAGAGAAAAAGAAGUGAAGAGUUUAUUUAAAUAAAAGUGACAUGCAGCUGUUAAAACACUGAAGUAUCAGACCUUUUUUUUUUUUUUUUUUUUUUUGGUGUGGUUUCUGGGCUCUUUUUAUCAUACAUGUUACUAACCAUAAACAGAUUUUGUCUCUUAGCUGUAAACUUGUCAGUGCAUUUUCCGGUUUUCUUUCAAUAAUUGAGUGUUUUACUCACUUAUGUAUAAUGGAUAAUUAUAUAGAUUAGUGGUCGUACUCAUACAUUUUAUUUGAAAUGUCUUGUUACCUUUUGAUUGUGGAUGUUUUGAUUUGUAAUUCCAGAUGAUCUUUGAUUUUUCAUUCUAUUUCAAGUAAUGUUUAUCAUUAAUCUCUUAAAUAAGUGCAUUAGAUGCUACUGAAUGCACAUUGAAAGAUUUGUAUUUUUCCAUAAACUGUACAAGUUAAGUCUGUAUUAUUAUUAUUAUGAUGGAUCGUUCUCUCAGCUCAGCUGCCUACCUUUCAUUAUGAGAGGGAAGUUAACAGGUUUUCAUUCAUGUUAAUUUAAUCAAAGUCUUCUUAAUUUUUAAUUAUGUGAAUGUUUUGCUUUGUGUGAUUAUAGAUGCUGUUUAUCUUUAGUAACGCAUGUAGUAAAGAUCAUUUAAUCAAAAAAAUUACAUUAGAUACUAGUUGUUAAUUGUACAUAAGUUAUAAAUGUCAUGUUUGGUGUAUAUCUUUCCACAUACAGUAUAAGUCAGAGUUUGGGCACAAGUAUUCAAGGUUGUUGACGUUUUGUAUAAUAGAAAAUUGUUAAACAAGCCUGGAACUUAUGCAAUAAUCAAAGCAUGCGACACAAAUGAAAACUACGCUUUUAUUUGAUCUCUCUCUAUAGUACAAUGUUUCAAAGCAGUUUAAAACAUGAACCAGAUAAAAUAUGUUGUUCGUAUGAAUCGUUUCACGUUAAUAAAUAAGCGGUAAAGUUGCUGGAAAAUACGUUCCCUUCACAACUGAACUAGCAUAUUGCGGUUACAUUGAGGGAUUAUAAAAAUAGUUUCUGUUUCAGUUUGUUUUGUCAUGCUUAAACACCAUGAGGAGGAUAGAGCUAAAAAAAGAUGCUUUUACUUCACUGUCUUGUAAAACUUAAAAAUGCAAGUUCCGUUUUCUAUAUAUUGAAGACAUUCUUAAAUCGUUCAGCCAAAGGUGUGUCCAAACUGCUACCGUGUUUAUAUUUGCAGUACCAGCUAAUCUAUUCAGCGUUAUCUGUUGUGUGCUAAUGACUUAUUAAUGCGUGUGAUUGUGAAGCGUCGCCUGGCGGACUCGCGCCGCGCGCUCGGUGACGUCACCGGGAGUGAACGCUCGCUCGCGGACGCAACGCAUCGCGGAGCAAAGCAUCAUGCGGGGUUUCACGUCCUGAGAGCUGCAGAUGAGCUGGGUCCACUGAGAAACAUGGCUCUGCUGUGGAGGAGGGGCGUGUCAUUAUCGGAGCGUUCAGGGAAUGAUUCUUUGGUUGGCAUGGCGCCAGGGCCCGGGGUCGUUACGGUGGCCCCUGUGGGUCACAACAGGUCGUGGGAGACGCCGGUGGUCACCCCGGAGACGCCCAUCUUCCUCAUGACCCCCGCCGCUCAGACCAUCUCUGGGAUCUUCACCUGGACGGCUCUGCUGCUCACCUGCCAACAGAUCUACAUGCACUUGCGCUACUAUAACACUCCUAACGAGCAGCGGCACAUCGUUCGCAUCCUCUUCUUCGUGCCGAUCUACGCCUUCGACUCGUGGCUCAGUCUGCUGUUCUUCACUAACGAGGAGUAUUACGUUUACUUCGACACCGUCCGCGACUGCUAUGAAGCGUUUGUCAUCUAUAACUUCUUGAGUUUGUGUUACGAGUAUCUGGGUGGCGAGAGCGCCAUCAUGGCCGAGAUCAGAGGAAAACCCAUCCAGUCCAGCUGUGUUUACGGCACUUGUUGUCUGUGGGGCAGAACGUACUCCAUCGGCUUUCUGCGCUUCUGCAAACAGGCGACGCUGCAGUUCUGUGUGGUGAAGCCGCUGAUGGCCAUGAUCACCGUCAUCCUGCAGGCCUUCGGGAAAUACAGAGACGGAGACUUCAACGCGGCCAGCGGUUAUUUAUACGUGACCAUCAUCUAUAACGUCUCGGUCAGUCUCUCGCUCUACGCUCUCUUCCUCUUCUACUUCGCCACUCGUGAUCUGCUGGAGCCGUACGGCCCCAUGCUGAAGUUCCUCAUGGUCAAAUCCGUCAUCUUCCUCUCCUUCUGGCAGGGGAUGCUGCUGGCGAUUCUGGAGAAAUGUGGCGCGUUUCCUCGCAUAAACUCUCCUGAUGUCAGCGUGGGGGAGGGGACUGUUGCCGCCGGUUACCAGAACUUCAUCAUCUGCAUCGAGAUGUUUUUCGCCGCUCUGGCGCUCAGACACGCGUUCACGUACAAGGUCUACAUGGACAAGACACUCGACAUUCAGGGUUGUGUUCCUGUCUAUGGCCAGUACGGUCGUUGCGCUCCCAUGAGCAUCUCCAGCAGUCUGAAGGAGACGAUGAAUCCAGGCGAUAUGCUGCAGGACGCCAUCCAUAACUUCUCUCCGGCGUAUCAGCAGUACACACAACAGAGCCGCUCUGAACCGCUGAGCCGCUCCAACAGCUGCAGCAACGAGAAAACACUGCUGCUCAGCUCCGACGACGAGUUCUGAUGCGCUCGCGUUCACUUACAAACACCAGUGAGACGAUGAUCAUGAUGCCUACAUAGUCAGCAUGUUUAGGCAGCAUCGGUGCUUCCAGUAUGCUACCUUUCAGUACUUCGUUGUGGCCAAAAGAUUAAUAGAGAAUACUUUAAUUCAGUGGUUCUCAAACCUUUCAAAUGGAGUUACCACCUUUGAUCAAAUCAAAGCACAACUCAUUCUAUUAACAGCAGUGGAAGAAUGUUCUGGCGAGGUUCUCUCAAAGUUACGAACAAACGUUCUUAAUAAAGUGUUUGCUCAAACUUAUGUUCUCAAAAUGUUAGCACAAAAGCAUUUGUUCAUCUUUCAUUGUUCACAAAACAUCGUUCAUGGAAGGUUUUUUUCCUGAAAUGAUUUAAUUGGAAGUUUGUGUAACAUUUUUUUUUUUUAAAUGUUACUACUUGUUCCGGAACAUUCAAAAGUAAUGUUCCCAUAAUGUUUAAACAAUGAUAAAACGGAAUGUUUCCCUAAGUCACAUAACCGAGAGAAAACGUUUUUAAAACUUAAAAAAAAAAAAACAUAACUUAAUGAGAACAUUAGCGAAACAUAUUCAUAAUACAGACGAUUUUGAUUAAUAUCAUAAUUCUGAUCAAUAUCAAUAACAGACAACCCAGUAGUUCCGAUAAAUCAUGACGCUAUCAGACCCCUUUUUAGGGCUCAUCCACACGAAGCCAGAGCCCUAAAAAAAGGCUAAUAGAAAAAUACAACUUUUUUUUCCUCGUUCUUCCGUAAACAGCGUCGUCUCAAGAAAUAUCUGCGUACACCGAAACCGAUUCAAAACAAUGUAGUAUACAUGCCAGACCAGUAUGUGGCGCUGUAAUUAUGCCACAGAGAUACAAAAACGGAGAAGAAGACUUGAGGCAUGUGCAUAAAUCUUGCACGCUGUAUACAAACCCAACACAACAACAACAAGAUGAACAUGGAACAAUAGACUUAUUACACUAUUUAUUAAUCUGUGUUAAUGUUAGCUAAUAAAAAUACAGUCGUUCAGUGAUUGUUCAUGUUGUUGUUGAUGUUACGUAUCAAAAUAUGCGGAUUGGCUGAACACAUGAAAUGCAAGCGUGUCAUUUUCAGAUUAAUCCACUCUGGGACCCGGUUUCAAAAAUAGCGUUUCACGCUCCCAAAACGCCGGAUCCGUCUGGACGAAACGCCGAUACGAUACAAAUUUUUACGUAUACAGCUAAACGACGGGCCCUUAGACUUGACUACAGGAGCUUGAACUUUUUCGUCAUGUUUUCAGCUGCUUUUCCGCACAUUUAAAAUCAAAUUAAAGAAUAAACAUUUGGGUAAAAUAAUCUUCCGAAAUAAAUAUAUAUCAAUUUAAAAGUGCGGUUUGAGAAUCACUGGUUUAAUAUUGUAACUGGAGCACUGUAUGUGUGUCACGUGAAGCUGCUGCCUGUGAAGAGCGUCUCAAAUCACUCACUAAUGAGGGUUUAUUAGCUGUAGUAGAUCUGAUAGCGUGAGACAGACUGGAGGAUGAUUAUGAAUCAUAAUGAUGUGCCAUAUAAACACAAACGCUCCUCUCGGCACUUUCUACAUGUAUAUUUCAGGGUAACGUUAAGAUUUAUUCACAUGAAGUAUCUAAAUUAUAAACUGCUGCAACUACAGGAGGAGCUAGCUCAUGACUGAAAUGCCUUAAACAUCUGUUACUUUGAGAACGUUACCGUAAGAAAAUAGCUGCAGAUUUGAAUGAAGCAAUUUAGUGUCUCUUCAUUUUCUUUUCACUCUUGAAUGUUUUCCUGCUGUUUUUUCUGUUUUUCUGAGUAAAUGAGACUGAAAUCUCUCCUCAAACGGAUGUAAAGAUGAGUGAAAUACAGAUGGGACACCGAUUAAACUUCACAGAUGUUUGAAAGCAGCUGUGUGAAGCUUCCUCAGAUAAUUGUCCUCUUUCGUUUGAGUGUCUUUUGUUAAUCUUUCCUUUCCAAACAAUCUAUAUUUUAUAGGCACUUUUAGCUUUACCUCUAAUUAUCAAAGUUUGUAGACAAAAAUUCGAGGUGCAUUUUGAACGUACCUGCCAAGAAAACUGAAGUAUAUUGUUUUAACAUAAUCCACUCUGCUGGUGAAGCUUCUGUUUUCACAGUUUAUAUCAUGUAUAUUAUUACACUACCAGUCAAAAGUUUUUCAACAGUAAGAUGUUUUAUAAAGACGUCUGCUCACCAAGCCUGCAUUUAUUUGAUCCAAUGUAGGCUACAGCAAAAACACUAAUAUUGUGAAAUGUUUUUACUUUUUAAAAUAACUGCUUUCUUUUAAUAUAUUUUCAAAUGUAAUUAAUUCCUGAUUUCAAAGCUGAAUUUUCAGCAUCAUUACUCCAGUCUUCAGUGUCACAUGAUCCUUCAGAAACCAUUCUAAUAUUCUGAUUUGCUGCUCAAAAAAACAUUUAUUAUUAUUAUUAUUGUUAUUAUUAUGUUGAAAACAGCUGAGCAGACUUUUUUCAGGUUUCUUUGAUAAAUAGAAAGUUCAGAAGAACAGUAUUUUUCUGAAAUAGAAAUGUGAUAGCACUUUAUCUUUUACUAUCUUUAUCAUCACUUUUGAUCAAUUUAAAGCAUAUUUGCUAAAUAAAAGUAUUAAUUUCUCCCCGCCCUCCCCC